GGAUUGAGUUGAGUUCCGCGGGAGCUCGGGUGCAGCCACACAAACCCCGAGGAGACGCACAGCGGACGGUUCACGGACUCACUGUCUCCAAGGAGGAAUCAGUGCACAGGCGGACACCUCACACUCUGGCACCUCAGAAGCUGAAGCGACAGUUUGAGUUGAGUUCCGCGGGAGCUCGGGGGCAGCCACACAAACCCCGAGGAGGUGCACAGCGGGCGGUUCACGGACACCCUGUCUCCAAGGAGGAUUCAGUGCACAGGCGGACACCUCACACUUUGGCAACUCAGAAGCUGAAGCGACAGGUAUCUGAGAACUGUUUGCAAUGGAGCCUGAUGGUUAUAUGAAGAGGCCCAUACACCUCCUGGAGAUCUCUCCCUCAGGAUCCCUGAGUCUGAAUCCAGAGGCAAUGAAAAUCCUCUCAGCUAUUACCCAGUCUGUCCAGGUGGUGACGAUACUAGGGCCCCCAAACACUGGGAAGUCCUACCUGAUGAACAGGCUGGCCAAUCAGAGGAAAGGAUUCCCAGUGGGCCCUGGGAACAAGGCCCCCGGCCGGAGAAUGUGGAUGUGGUGUCUCCCUCACCCUCAUCAAGAUGAUCAGCGUCUGGUUAUUCUGGAUGUCGACGGAUUGGAAACAAAGGAACAGGGAGAUGACAGCACAGAGACCAGGAUUUGUGCCCUCGCUCUGAUUCUCAGCAGCAUCUUCCUGUAUAACAGUAAAGGCAGGGUCGACCAAGAGGCCCUGGACAAACUGCGCUUCAUCACCAAGAUCUCGCAGUAUGUUCAGAUGCCUUCCGAUGCCAGUGAGAAGGGGGAGUUCCCUGAAUUUCUCUGGUGUGUUCGGGACUCCGAGCUAAAUCUUUGGAUAGGUGGCUUCAGACUGACUGCAGACGAUUCUGACCUGCUAUCUAUUCUGACCCUCAGGCAAGAUACCGACGACUGUUCGGUCAGUUGCUGCCUCAGGAAGCUAUUUCACCGACAGAAAUGUUUCGAAUUCUGCCACCCGUGUCCGGAUGCUGAUGGAAAGAGAAUAGACGAGGUUCUGGAGGGGGAGUUGGACCGGGAAUUCCAGAUGCAGGCAGAAAGACUGAGGGGCUAUGUUCACAACAGCAAAGUGAAAAGCAUCGUGGGAGGCCACAAGGUUAAUGGGCAGAUGUUGGCCAGAUUGAUUGAAACCUGUGUGAGCUGUAUGUGCAAUGGCCGAAUGAUUAUCCUGGAGAAUCUCUGUGACAUCGUCCUAUGUAGGAAGCCGAUUGUGCAACUGGACCAAGUAACUGCUGGAAAAGGAGUGAAAGAACGUUUGGGUUCUUUGAAAGAACCCAAACGUGCCAAGGUGGAAAGGAUUGUCCCCCUCAUGAACCCAAGCGCAGGUCGUGCUGUGUACAACAUGGAGGAGCCCGUGUGUUUGAUUGAGAACAGCGCGUCUGGUGAACUCCAGGUCAGCCAAGAGGCCCUGAACAUCUUGCUGGAGAUCAGCCAGCCGGCGGUGGUGGUGGCCAUAGUGGGUUUGUACCGAACCGGCAAAUCCUACCUCAUGAACAAACUGGCGGGGAGACAGAGAGGUUUCUCACUGGGAUCCACCAUUCAGUCCCACACCAAAGGGAUCUGGAUGAUGUGUGUGCCUCACCCACGAAAUCCUAACCACUGCCUCAUAUUACUGGACACUGAAGGACUGGGGGAUGUGGAGAAGGGUGAUGAAAAGAAUGAUUCUUGGAUCUUUGCUCUUGCCGUGCUGUUGAGCAGUAUGUUGGUGUACAACAGCAUGGGCACCAUCGAUCAGUAUGCAGUCGCGAAGCUGCACUACGUCACGGAACUGACCGAGCUCAUCAAAGUGAAAUCAGGGGCUGGGGACGACGAGUCCAUGGAGUUUGCCCGCUUCUUCCCGGCUUUUGUCUGGUCCGUUCGAGACUUCUCCCUGGAGUUGCAGUUGGAAGGCAGAAAGGUGACAGCGGAUGAAUACCUGGACAACGCUCUCAAACUAAAGCAGGGCACCAGUAAGAAAAUUCAGGACCACAACCUGCCCAGGGAAUGUAUCAGGAAUUAUUUCCCCACUCGCAAGUGUUUUGUGUUUGACCGACCAGCCAAAAAGGAGCUGAUGAAAAAUAUGGAUCAGAUUGCAGACUCCAGACUGGAUCCAGCCUUUGUGAAACAGGCCCAGGAAUUUCUGGAGUAUGUUUACAGCACAGCGCAGAUAAAGAGACUGAAAGGAGGUCACAGAGUCACCGGGAGAUUGCUGGGAAACCUGGCCCUCACCUACGUGGACUCUAUCCGCAGCGGGAAGGUCCCGUGCCUCGAAAGCACGGUCCACAUGUUGGCGGAGAUUGAGAACACGGCCGCGGUCAACGAGGCGACCAAGGCCUAUGAGGGGUGGAUGAAAGAACAGGUCAGUCUCCCGACAAGGACAGUGGAGGAACUAUCGGCGAUCCACAAUCAGUGCCAGUCCCGGGCCCUUCAGCUCUUCAUGAAACAAUGCUUCAAGGAUGAAGGGCAGAAAUAUCAGCAGGAAUUCAUGAGUUCAGUGGCUACGAUCUACACCAACAUGUGUGAGGAGAACAGGAAAGAAUCUGUGAACAUCUCGAGCGCCAUCAUAUUGAGGCUCGGAGCUGCAAUUAAAGAAAAGAUGCAGACAGGGUCUUAUGCAAAGUCAGGAGGAUACGCGGAGUAUGUGAAGGAUGUGGCAGUGCUGGUUGAGGGAUAUCGAGCCAAAACAGGGAAAGGAGUCCAGGCUGAACAGGUUCUUCAAGAUUUUCUAGAAAAGAAGCAGCAAUUCUCAGAGCACCUUCGGCUUGUUGAUAAGAACAUGAUGGCCAGGGAGAAGCAGCUUGCAGCCGAACGGGAGAGGGCAGAAAUAGCAGAGCAAGAGCGGAAAUGGAGGGAGGAGGAGAAACGAGCCGCUGAGCAGCUUCGGAAGGAUGAGAAGCAGGCGAUGGAGGAUACCAUGGCCCAGCUGAAAGAGAAGCUGGAGCAGGAGCGGAGCAGCUUGCAACAAGAACACGAGAAGGUCCUGAAUCAAAGGCUCCUGGAGCAGAAGAAGCUGAAUGAAGAAGGAUUCCAGGGCCGUGCGAGGGAAAUGAAGCAAGAGAUAGACUCCCUGAAGAAGCAACAGAAAGAUUUGGAAUCCCCUUCAUAUGUGGACAUUGUUCUUGACGUGGCCACUCUAGCCUUGCCUGGUUAUUACAGGCUCAUCCCUGCCGGUCUCAAAUUGGGCAAAAACCUGUGGAAAAAAUUUUUCUGAGAGUGCUUUUUGGUGCUAGAGUUGUGGCGGUGUUGAUCAGGAGUUAUAUCACAAGGAGGCAAGAUUAUUACCCAAAUAGCUCCAGGUCCUCCACUUACCCCCAACCCCCAACCCCCCCACCCAAAUUCCAAUUCCCAGGACUCAGCACUCACUAACACAGUAAGAAAGAACCUGGGGCUCAUUCUCAAUGAUCGACCGGGGUGAUUAUUAGUAAGGUGCUUUACUCUGCCUGUGCGUAUGAGACACAAAGUUAGUGCCACGUCAGGUCAGCCAUGAUCUUAUUGACUGGUGGGGACAGGCUUGAGGGGCAGAAUGGUCUACUCCUCCUCCUAUUUCUUAUGUUCUUGUAAAAUAAGAUCACUUUUAACAUUUUUCACAUUGAGCAAGUUAAAGAUUGGGACAGACAGAAGGGGUGUGAAGGUGGAAGUUAAAAUAGUUGGGAAAAAAAACUAAAAACAAUUGCUUGAAUCGAAUUUAUCAUUUAGCAGCACGCUACCGAUAUGCCAGUAAAAAUCAUAUUCUUA